UAUGUAUUUUUUUCCUUUUUUUUGUAAGGUUGGGUGAUGUCCUUCCCACCUCCCUUAGCAACCACAUCUUUUAUAAUUGCGGGAGAUGGGAGGGGAGAGGAGAGGAGUGGAGGCACACACAUCCAUCCGGGCUCCUGAUCCACUGACAGCGAUUGUGGACUGAUGGAGGGAAGAGAAAUUAAACAAAAAUCUGAAGGGAAAAAUAAAUAACAGUAGUUAACACUGGCUGGAGAAGACACAACAGGUGGUGUAAGAGGGAGAUGAAUGACAGCUGUAGAGAGAAGAAGCAAAUUGCAUUGUAACGAAUUACAUCGAUAUGUUGGGAUCAGGUUACGUCCUCAGAGAUCUUGACACCCAGGAACUUGAAGCUGCUCACUCUCUCCACUUCUGAUCCCUCUAUGAGGACUGAUUGUCCACCCUGCAUCCUGUCAAAGAAAACUUCUGGAAUGUCAGCUCCAAAUGCAAGAAGUGGAAGAUCCCUCCUGAGAAAUUGGUGUCCAAAGCUACAGAGCAAAGUCUGGCUACAAAGGCAAAGGCAGUAAGGAGCAGGAGAGAGGUGACCCACUCAGAACAGAGACCCUGUGAGUUCAGCAUCUCUCCAGGCUGCAGGACACGUCAUGGGCGCCAUUGCCUGAGGUCACCGCACGACCAACGGCGGGAUGAAAUCUGUCAGACCACUUUGCAUAAAAAUGACCAGUACCGUUGAAGACCUCAUUGGAAUCCCAUUUCCAGACCAUAGCAACAAGCUGCUGUGUAGUCUGAAUGAACAGAGGCAGGAAGGCCUGCUCUGUGAUGUCAUCCUGAUAGUAAAGGAUCAAGAAUACAAGACCCAUAGGUCAAUCCUUGCUGCGUGUAGCAAAUAUUUCAAGACACUGUUUACCUCAGAUAUGCUUGCAGAGCAACACAAUGUCUAUCAGAUUGAUUUUGUGACACCUGAGGCACUUUCUGCAAUUCUGGAGUUUGCUUAUACGUCGACCCUCACCAUUAGCAGCUCAAAUGUAAAGGAUGUUUUAAGUGCGGCCCAGCAGUUGGAAAUUCAGUGCGUUAUCCAAGUGUGCAUUGACAUCAUGGAGGCAAGCGGCGAGGUAGUCAAUGACGAUGGAGUCUCUGGCAAAGAAUCCAGCCAAGAGCUCGAAGAUGAUCUGUGCCAGAAGGAUAUAUGGAAAUCCCCCCAACAAAGUCUUAAAGAAGAUCAUGAAGAAAAUCCUCAAGAACCUAUCAAAGAAUCUGACCAAAACCACUGGAAUAAGGAAUGUGAUUCUAAAAACACUUCGACAAGCAAAAUGAUGGAAAAGCAAUGCAGCGAACUGCCUCGGGAACAUUUAAACCAUUUUGCAGUUAAUGUUCCUGAUAGAAACUUGGGAUCUGUGAGUGAUUUCUCCCUGGAAUCAAUCUUAAAAGAAGGGUUGAGUUCCAGAGGGAAUUUGCUGAAUGGAGAGAUUCCACAGGGACCAGGAUUAUUUCCUUCCUUCUGGAAUGGAGGAUAUAAUGGUUUUCCACGGCUUUUGGAACACCAAGAUGUGGACCAAUUGCCUCUUAAUCUAGUAAUGAAGAAGGAAAAGAUCAAACAAGAGGUGAAAGAGGAUCUGUCUACAACCACAAAUCUUUGUGACUUUUUUAAAGGUAUUAUGGUGGAAAACAGUCAGAAUAACUUGGAAACAUUAAAGGAUGAACUGGAUUUUAAUUCCUAUUUGAAUAUAUUUGGUCCUUCCUAUCUGGCAACAGUCUAUCCAACAUGGUCUUUGGAAUAUGAGAAGAAAAUGAGACCCAAGGCAUCUCAGCAAUGUCCCAUCUGCAACAAGGUGAUCCAAGGAGCAGGGAAGUUACCCCGACACAUGAGAACACACACAGGCGAAAAACCAUAUAUGUGCAAUAUAUGUCAAGUUCGUUUUACCAGACAAGACAAGUUGAAGAUUCACAUGCGGAAGCAUACAGGGGAGAGACCCUACACGUGUAUUCACUGCAGUUCCAGAUUUGUGCACAAUUAUGACCUAAAGAACCACAUGCGGAUACACACAGGAGUCCGUCCUUACCAAUGUGUCCACUGCUUCAAGAGCUUCACCCGCUCUGACCACCUGCACAGACACAUCAAGAGGCUGAGCUGUCGCCUGCCGCGGCCUCGCCGGGGCCGUAAACCUGCUGCCUGGCACUCCGGCAGCCUUCUGUACCCACAGGGUGGCCCAUCUCAAAGCACAACCUCCAAUGAAAACGGCAACAACAUUCUGCCGAAAGAAGAAGACAGAAUUCCAAAGGCAAGCACAAGGGAACUGGACAAUACUGAGAAGCACUUUAGUGGAGAUUCUCAAAAUUCCCAGAUCUUUAUCGGCAAAACAGCAACAACGGAAAGUGAAAGCCUCAUGUCAAACAUGUUAAAUGGGAACCAUGUUGUAGAGGAAAGGGACAGAAACCUAUUCACCUUUAGCUUGACUCACAGUAAUGCGUUCCCUCACCUGUCCCGACAGAUUUACUCGACAAGUGACCCAUGGGGUGUGCAGUUUAACUCUGCUGCCUCUAUUCAGGAGACUAGUAAGUAAAGAAUCGGAUGAUCAGAUUUAGAAUUAUUGAAAUUAAUGCAGAACUGACAUUUCAACUGUAAAUUAAUAUGAAACAAAAAAGGACAAUACAUUUAAAUUUAUAUGUGUAAGAUGUCUUUAAAGAAUGAUUUUACAGACCAUUGAAUGAUCUUCAAGUUGAUCUAUUAUAUAAUUGUAUUUAAACAAAAAGAUCCAAAGAAAUUGAAUACUGGAGCUACAUGAACGUGAAACUGCUUUCUCUCUGCUGAUGUUUUGUGGGAGCAGUGUUGUCAUUAUUUUUGUAAUGUUCUGUUCUUUUUGUGAUCCCUCUUUCUCAUCCAUAACUCCAACGAGUUUACCAAGGCAUUAAAAAGAAACGUUAAUAUUGGCUUAUCCAUUGAUGCAGAAUACUGUGGAUUCCCGGUCAUUGGGACACACUGAGACAAGUACAUUUUGUCCCAAUUAAACAGCUACCCCUAUCAGCUGAGGUUUUAUGGAAAUCAUUAAAAAGGUAUAAAAAAGAAAAACCACCAUUAAACUGAGUAACAAAUUAUGUAUUUAAAUAGAAUACAGAACAAAUUAGAACAUUACCAAUACUACUAUAGUACCACAAAACUAUGUAUUAGUUCGUAAUAGUUAUCGAUGGAGGAAUUCAUCCUCUGUAUGCUGCCAUGUUCUUUUAAUUGACUGUAAAUGAACAAAAUCAGCGAAGACACUUAGUGCAGAUGAUAGACUGCCUUUAUAGAAUGGUAUUGAUGAUCGCAUCCUUCAAAUCCUCAUUUUCAUUGAAACAUUCAAGAUGAUUGUUGAUACCUUCAAAUUCUUCACAGUUCAUCUCUGAGCCUCAGUGCUUGAACCCGAUUAAGCAAAACAGUUCUGAAUUGUCUCACUACUUAUUUCUUGCUAACUAGCAGUGACAAAAAUGAUUGCUUCUUGAAUACAAACACACACAAAUAACACUACUAAAAAACUUCUUUCAAAGCACAGUAUAGCAUCUAACAGCCACGCAACUGACACUUGUUAAAAAAUGUUCGGCAACAGCCUCCUGUCUCAAUUCAGCAGCAUACUGUCCCAAAUAAACAAAAGGAAUUCCAGCAAUUUUCUUGAAUAGUUUUUGUUCUUUAAGAGUUGCCCCAAAAAGUUACUGUCCCAAUUAACUGAUGGACCAGUUAACUGGAAUCCAUUGUAUCAAAGGUUUCUUAGCUGUGAAUCAUUGCUAAAGUUGUUGCAUCUGUAUUUAGUUUUAUUUAUUUCACUAAGUUGCUUUCAGUUAAUUAAGAUUUAGAUUAUUUCUGAAUACUAUAAAAUCAUUAAAAGUUCUUCAUUUGCUGUAGAAUACAUUAUAUAAUUAUAUGUAGAAUAUAUUGUGUGAAGACAGACUUUAUAUUCCAAAGAAGGGAAUCUGGAAUGUCUUCAGUUAGAGGUUUUUUAGGAGUCGAAAUUGCAGAGUGCA